AUGGCAGAUAUCAGCAGCAAGAAGCGGAAGAGAGGUGGUGAAUCUUCUGCAAAACCUAAAAAGAAGGUUGUGCUGGACGUGCCAGCAUCUACCGCUUCGGUCUCAUCAGUCCUUCGACCCAAACACUGCCCACCAGUUAUUGCUACGACUCCCGGUGUCGAAAUUUCUGAGAAUGUUGCGUUUUACCCAUAUCAACCUCGAGAGGGCUCACGAUCAAAGUCGACCAAAUCGAAACAUGCGGGCGACAAGGAAUUGCUGCUGCACUCAACCUCUCACCGAAGCCUAGAUUAUACUGCAAGAGAGGAAGGCAAAAGAGGGUUGAAUCAGCUAGUUAAUCACUAUGUUGGCAUUUAUGACCCUAAAACCGGAAAUCUCGAGGUAGUGGAGGCCAAGAAGAUGGUUGUCCGAGGCAUGGUUCGCGCCAAGCAAGCGCCGGCCUCUUCUAUGGGAGAGGAUCUGGCCAAACGGAAUAUGAUGGAGCGCAAAACGGACCUGGGACAAACAUUUGGUACCAAGAAAGCCAAGAAGGUUAUCCGCGAAACUGUACUCAACGCCAUUGCUCCACAGAAGAAACCUGGCGACUCUCCCACGAAGAUUGAUAAUGCUGGCAAAGCAAUUCUGAGCUCAGUCGGCGAGGUCACGACAAAUAUGGCAACAAGAGAGGAGUUACAGGCUGCCGUCGACGAGGCCAAGCCAGUGCCCCGGGCCAACUUGGAUGCGCUGGAUAUCCAGGAUGUAUACGAUCCAAACGUCAUCGUUGGCGCAGAUAUCUUGAAUCUCGUGCCCAUCAGAGAAUGGCAAGAAAAGGUUCGACACAACGAAGGCGUCCAAACAAUAUCUCGGUUCGUAGCAGCCCGAGUCAAUGCCGUUGCUUCCAACGACGCCGCCAUCACCCGUCUGCGUGUGCUUCGAUACUUGAGCUUUGUCCUCUUGUUCUACCUGAAAACCACACCUGGAAAACAGCGGGGCACAAGACAGGUGCCCCCGCGCGAAAAGUUGCGUGAGCUGCUAUCGCCGGCUCCCGAGGCUGUCGUCGAAAGCAUCCGUCGAAAAUUCUCCGAUGCGGGCGUUGUGAGAAAGUUCCAUAUCGAUCUCCUCAUGGCGUACUGCUGUGUCCUUGCAUGCAUCGUCGACAACUUCGAAGUCGACACGCAGAAUCUCAGAGAUGAUUUGAGACUGGACCAGAAGACGAUGAACCAGUACUUUCACGAGAUUGGCGGCCGUGUCAGGCCUGUUAGCAGAAAGGCUGAGGGCGGACGGGCCAUAUACGUGGCCAGACUAACAUUGCCUUUAGACUUUCCCAAGCAGAGGCAGAUUCCUCAGCGUCGCAAGUAA